AGUUUAUAUUUACUAAAACUAUUGCAUUUCCAUGUUCUGUGUAUUGUGGGAGACCAGAUAUAGUGAAUGCAGGGUCCGGGGAGACCAGAUAUAGGGAAUGCAGGGUCCAGGGAGACCGAAUAUAGUGAAUGCAGGGUCCGGGGAGACCAGAUAUAGUGAAUGCAGGGGUCCGGGGAGACCAGAUAUAGUGAAUGCAGGGUCCGGGGAGACUAGAUAUAGUGAAUGCAGGGUCCGGGGAGACCAGAUAUAGUGAAUGCAGGGUCCAGGGAGACCGGAUAUAGUGAAUGCAGGGUCCUGGGAGCCCAGAUAUAGUGAAUGCAGGGUCCGG